GAGCAGUAGACGAUCCACACGUAAACGGCAACAUGCAACUCGGUCUCUGGUUUGGCAUUUUGGCCAUCGCCGCCACGCCGCUGGUGAGCGCUAAUUAUGGUCCCGCUGGCGGACACGGACACGGACAUGGCCAUGGACAGUACCUGGCCGGUCCCAAUGCCGGACUCGAGGAGUACGUGAAUGUGGCAACGGGCGGCAACCAGCCGUCGGCCAAUCAGAUCGCCUCGCAGGCCGAGAUCCAGCCCACGCCGGAGGAGGCCCGCCGUUUGGGUCGCGUCCAGGCCCAACUCCAGGCCCUGAACGCCGAUCCCAACUACCAGAAGCUGAAGAACUCCGAGGAUAUUGCCGAGUCUCUGGCCGAGACCAAUCUGGCCAGCAACAUCCGCCAGGGCAAGAUCAAGGUGGUGUCGCCACAGUUCGUUGACCAGCAUCUGUUCCGCUCCCUGCUGGUGCCCUCGGGCCACAACAACCACCAGGUGAUCGCCACCCAGCCCCUGCCCCCAAUCAUUGUCCACCAGCCCGGCGCACCGCCAGCCCAUGUGAACAGCGGCCCACCGACUGUGGUGCGCGGCAAUCCGGUCAUCUACAAGAUCAAGCCCUCGGUCAUCUACCAGCAGGAGGUGAUCAACAAGGUGCCCACUCCGCUGAGCCUCAACCCCGUCUACGUGAAGGUCUACAAGCCUGGCAAGAAGAUCGAGGCCCCACUGGCCCCGGUGGUUGCCCCCGUCUACAGCCAGCCCAGGGAGUACAGCCAGCCCAGGGAGUACAGCCAGCCCCAGGGUUAUGGUAGCGCCGGAGCUGCUUCCUCCGCUGCCGGUAGCGCCUCCUCCGCCGAUGGCAAUGCCUACGGCAACGAGGCCCCACUGUACAACAGCCCCGCGCCCUACGGCCAGCCCAACUACUAGGUGGUCAGGUCAUCCUGGGCACGGGCUGCGGCUGCUCCUCAGCUGCGACAGCUGGCUUAAUUUAAAUUUUUGUUUUUUUUUUCUUUGCCAACUACUGAGCGCAAAUAAAUGAAAAAAUACUUGAAACGUAAACGUUUUGUCAUCCAAAGUUUUUGACCAGAAGGGGCUACAAAGUGGCAACGAAGCUGUUAUUAAGUAUAUCUUCAUAAAUAUACAAA